GAGCCGGCCGGGCGCCGCCACCUUCCCGGCCUCUCCGGUCCCCAGCGGCGCCGUCACCAUGUCUCUGGCGGCCUCGGCGGGCCGGGGCCCGGGGGCCGUGUGGUCCCCGACGCACGUGCAGGUGACGGUGCUGCAGGCGCGGGGCCUGCGGGCCAAGGGCCCCGGGGGCACGAGCGACGCGUACGCGGUGAUCCAGGUGGGCAAGGAGAAGUACGCCACCUCGGUGUCGGAGCGCAGCCUGGGCGCGCCGGUGUGGCGGGAGGAGGCCACCUUCGAGCUGCCGCCGCUGCUGUCCGCCGGGGCCGCGCCCGCCGCCGCCGCCACCUUGCAGCUCACCGUGCUGCACCGCGCGCUGCUCGGCCUCGACAAGUUCCUGGGCCGGGCCGAGGUGGAUCUGCGGGAGCUGCACCGGGACCAGGGCCGCAGGAAGACCCAGUGGUACACCUUGAAAUCCAAACCAGGAAAGAAGGAUAAAGAGCGAGGAGAAAUUGAGGUUGACAUCCAGUUUAUGAGAAACAACAUGACUGCUAGCAUGUUUGACCUCUCCAUGAAAGACAAGUCUCGGAAUCCAUUUGGGAAGCUGAAGGACAAGAUCAAGGGGAAACCUAAGGACAAUGCAUCGGACACUGCCUCCGCCAUCGUUCCCAGCAUGACGCCCUCAGCUGAUAGUGACGAUGAGUCUCCUUUAAAAGACAAGAAAAAGAAAUCGAAGAUCAAGACUUUGUUUUCCAAGUCUAAUUUGCAGAAAACACCACUUUCCCAGUCCAUGUCUGUCCUGCCUACGUCAAAGUCAGACAAGGUCUUGCUUCGUCCUGGAGACUUUCAAUCCCGGUGGGAGGAUGAUGACAAUGAGGAUGAGUCGUCUUCUGCCUCGGAUGUCAUGUCUCACAAGAGAACAGAGAGUGCAGAUCCUAAGCAACUGAACCAGAGCAAUUUCAGCCUGCCCAAGAGGGAAGGACCCUCCUUUUUUGGUGGCCUUCGGUCUAAGAAUGAUGUCCUUUCUCGCUCUAACGUCUGUAUCAAUGGGAACCAUGUUUACUUGGAGCAGCCGGAAACCAAGGGCGAGACGAAGGAGAGCACUCCCUCCUCUUCCCCGUCUCCCCAGGGCUUCCGGAAGAAGCAUCUGUUCUCUUCCACCGAAAACCUGGCGACUCGGUCUUGGAAGGAGCCUGGGGAUGGAGGGGCAGUGUCUUCCGACAGGCGGUUGUCUGAGUCUUCCACAAAGGACUCUCUCAAAUCCAUGUCUCUGCCAUCCUACCGGCCACAGGUCAGUGGGGAUAUUCGGGAGAACGCAGCACUAGCGAGCUUGGAGGCUGCAAAGGAAACCAAAGAGAGCAAGAAGCAGGAGAAUAAGAAGUCCUCUUUGCUGUCCCUGGUGACAGGAAAGAAGGACGCAGCCAAGGGCAGCGAAGGUGGAAGCCCUCCUACCAUCCCAGGGAAGGAGACAGAAGGCACAUCGAUGGAAGUCAAACCGAGGGAGGACCAGCCAGGGCCUGACGAAGACCUAGGGAAACGAUCUGAGAAGGAUACUGUGGCCGUUGUCUUUGGACAGGGCCGCUCCCUGAACCCGUUUGAAGAAGUGCGGGUCACAGAACCUGAACCUGACCGACAGCUCACGUUUGAACCCACACCCCCCGUCGGCUCUACGAGGGCACCGCAAACGAAAGCUGUCAAGCCACGACUGGACGUGUCUCCAGAGGCUCCAGCCACAGCCAGGCUUCCUUCUUCCCCUGACUCUACUCUCUUUUUUUCUGCUCUUCUGUCCAGUUCUGGCCAGACACCUGUCCCUUCUAAAUUGGGGUGUUGUGCAGAGACACCAUCCUCUGAAUCUCCUUCUGUCUUCUCUUUCUCAUCUCCCAUUGUGGCUCCCAUUUCCACAUCCACGCCGGUUGAAAACUGGCCCCCCACAGACCAGGGCCAGGCCAGUCCUGAAGAACCAUCUUUGCUCCAUAAGGCAGAAUUGUUAAGAGAGAGUUUAACACAAGAUCCAAAGACUGUUUCUUGUGCCUCGGGGUCACGUUUCCAACAGCUCCCCACUCCAGCGUGGAAGGGAAUGGAAGAUUAUCCAAUGGGGAAGACCAGUGAGAUAGGCCUGGAGAGCACCGUCGGUCAUGACUCAGAAAGGUCUCUCCUGAAGCAACCUGAAAUGGCCCAACGGGAAGAAGUUCAGAGGGCUCCCCACUCAGAACAAGGCUAUGCCCCUUCGUCUCAAGAGGCCCAAGAAGUAACACUUGCUCCUUCAUUCAGAAGUGGCCAGAUUGAGAGCCCGGCGUGGAGGCCUCUGAUGGGGGAACACACAGGCUCAGAGCAUCCAUUUGGGUCUUUUGGGGAGAACAGAGUUAAGGGGGGCAGCAUGACUUCUGCAAUUAAAGAAGCGGCACCCCCUCUUCAGUCUGGAGAAUCAGCUCCCACUCUUGGCUCUGUGAUGCAGAGACACAAAGAGAAUGUUGACGAAAGCCGAAAGAAAAUCAAGAAGCGUGUAUCAUUUUCAGAGGAGAUCUUUAUGGAAGAGGAGCUAGAGGAGUCCACUGGGUUGGUGGAAGAGCACAGAGAUAAUCCCCAGGAGGUGACACACAAAGGAGCCACCUCUGGAAACCUGUCAGAUGGAGAGCCUGCUGGGUGUUUCCACGCAGAGGUCACAGAGACGGAAGCUGUGUCUGCACCUGGGCCAGUGAAGCAUGGUGUGCCAGCUUCCAUGGCAGACCCCCUUCACUUCCCCUCUUCCAAGGAGUGUGUCUCAGAAGGCUCCGUGAGUGAGGCAAGCUCAGGGAAAGACAUCCCACUCUUAAGGAUUGAGCGAGACCAUACGCCUACGGCUCAAAAUCAGAGCAAAGCCAGUGAUCACGAAGGUUUAUUGUCUGAUCCCCUGAGUGACCUUCACUCUAUCCCAGGUAUUAACUCUCCAGUCAUGGCUGAUCUGGGCUUAACCCUUCCUGCAAUUCCUGAAGUGGCGUCAGAUGACGAAAGGGUGGAUCAGGGUGAAGAUGACAGAGAGACAGCCCAGGUGGCAGCCCUGCAAGUAGGACCUUCCUCCGUGAGCAUGUCACAUGCCCAUCCUGAGAUGGAGAAGGGGCCGAGGGGCGAGGCAGAUGGGUGGGCGGCGCCUGUAGAGAGCCUGCCUGACCUCGGGUCAAAAGCACCCGAAGCAUCUGUUAUGGCCUCUUCAGAGCCAACUCCAGCUUCAGGAAUUCAUAAACCAGAGCUUGGCAAGAGCUCACGCUUGGAUAAACAGCUGCCAGGUCCUGGCUGUGGCAAGAAGGAAAAGCUGAUGGGAAAUGGGAGUCCCAGCCAGCCUCCUGAUACAGCCCUCGACUCUCCUGUACCCAGCCCCUCCUUUUCUGAGACCUUUCCUAUUACACACUCUUUCCCCAGCCACCCACAUGCUGACACUCACCACACCAGUACAGCAGAAUCUCAAAAAAAAGCAACAGCAGAGGGCUCCGCUGAUAAAGUGGAAAAUUCUGGCAAGAGGAAGCUGCUUCUUCAGGCCUGGGUCUCACCCUCAGAGACACAGCCAGUCUCAGCUCAGCCAAGCACGGGAACGGGGUCAGCCAAGCACAGACUUCAUCCCGUGAAGCCAAUGAACACAACAGCCACCAAGAUUGCGAACUCCAGCUUGGGCACUGCCACCAUCAUCAGUGAGAACUUGAUCAACGAAACCAUGAUGAAGAAAUACAACCCCUCGGACCCUGCCUUUGCUUAUGCACAGCUAACCCAUGAUGAGCUGAUCCAGUUGGUUCUCAAACAGAAGGAGACAAUAAGCAAGAAGGAGUUUCAGGUUCGAGAGCUGGAAGACUACAUUGACAAUCUGCUAGUCAGGGUCAUGGAAGAAACCCCCAACAUCCUCCGAGUUCCGGCUCAGGUCGGCAAAAAGGCAGGAAAGAUGUGAACUGUCACCCUUGACACUGAGACUGUUCUGUGAGUUUGUUUCUACCUGCUCCUGAGGUCAGGGACUCCGUAUGCCUGAUAACCAGCCUUCAGGCUCCAAGUCACCAUCUGCCUCCCUGUGUGUUAUCUGGCAAGAGUCAGCUCCACCAGCCAAAGCCAGGUUAAUUAUUACAAUGAAUCUCUUGCUGUACAUUCCCAGGGGUUUGUUUUUAAAUGCCACUGUGCCUUUAACGAUAUUGUAAGUACUUUAUUCUCUGACCAGAGAUGUGGUCAUAAGAUCUGUCCAGAGAUUCAGAUGAUGCAGGGUUAUUCGGGUAUUUAACAUUGGGGUUUUCUUUCUUCGAUAUUGAUGUUUAAAAUACAUACUACCACCCCCACCCCGCCCAGUCAGUAAAUUAGGGGGUGAAAUGAGAAGGACCGGGCAGUUGGUGUUGCAUUACACUUACUUGCUUGGUUUUUUAGUAGCUUAGGGUGGCUUUUGGCUGCAGGUGCUAAAUUUUGAUCCUGUGCAAACCUUCUGGGCUUCUUGGGCUUGGUCUUGAUUUGCCCGAAGCAGGGGAGUUUAAAGAAAGCCUUUGAGUGUGCCUUGUAGAUUCUGAACGAGCUGCCUUUUCUAAACACCAGCUACCACUACUCUUUAGCCUUACAACAUGUUCCUUAUCGAUCCACAGGGCCUGUCUAUGGAGACAUGAGAAGUAGAAGAGGGCAUGUGUCACUUUGCACUCACUAAUAAGGGUUGAUCAAAGUCUCAUGGUAGCCAGGUUCCUGCUGGCUGGUGUGGCCCCAUCAGUGCCUUGAGAAGGGAUCGGGUGACCCAAGCAUUUAUUAACUCAGUUCCACCAGGUAUGGAAUGAUUUUAGUAGGACUCCUGUGGCCUGUUCCCUUGGUGCCUUUGCUUGGCUCCCUGAUUUCCUCAGCAACACUUCCUGGCACUCCUCCACCAUCCUUGUUAUAAAAUUAUGAAGAGCAAGAAGAUAACACUUAGUUUUGGUUGGUGGUAUUUUUAAAUCUAGACAGACACACCUUUUUUCUUUUCUUUCUUUCUUUUUUUUUUUUUUUAAAGCUAGGACACUUCUGAACUAAUAGCCCUGGUUCGGGUCCCUCAGGUAGUUUCAUUGUUCGGAACCUAAUACUGGAAUUAGAAUGUUUCUGUGUUGCUUGUGGCUGUCACAGAAUCAUCUCAGAGCCUUGAGCUCCCUUGGGGAUGGAGUGGGGGAGAGGAGAUCACAGGCCAGCAUGGUGGGCAGGGCUCGAGGCAACAACGGUUAUAAGGCUGGGGGUCUUUUCUGUAUGUUCUUGUUCUUGUUCUAUGUACCGGAGGAGGCAAGACGGUUGUCAGCAGAACCCCGUUCAGGAGCACAUGUUUGCUGCAAUGUUAGUUAUAUCGGAGCACUUUAAUCCGAAGGAUGAUACUAUAACUUGAUUAAUCAGCUUUUGAUUACCUAUAGCUGUUUUAUUUAAUACUCUCUUACAGAAGUGGGGACCACUGUAAACUUCUCAGAGGACUUGUAUUUUUGUAGUGCUAUGAAAGUUAUUUACAUACCUAUAAAGAGAACCAGAUAUUCACCUCA